CCCUCCGCCUCUCCCUCCGCCCCGCAGCGCCACCGACCGCGGUCCCCGCCCACUUCUUACCCGCGUGCGUCGCCGCCGCCGCCUGAGGGGGCGUGGCCUCGGCUCGGCGCAUAGUCAGCCACGGUCCCAUCCUGCUCCGCGCCGGUCAACGAGAGCAAACCCAGUGACUCACCUCCGCUGUGCUAACUCUUCGCUAGCUCUCUCUCUCAUACACGCUCACACCCGGCUCGAGAUGGCGGCGGCGGCGGCGGCGGCGGCGGGGGACUCGGACUCCUGGGACGCCGACGCGUUCUCCGUGGAAGACCCAGUGCGGAAGGUGGGGGGCGGCGGCACUGCCGGCGGGGACCGCUGGGAAGGCGAGGACGAGGACGAGGACGUCAAGGAUAACUGGGAUGACGAUGAUGAUGAAAAAAAAGAGGAAGCAGAAGUAAAACCAGAGGUAAAAAUUUCAGAAAAGAAAAAAAUAGCAGAGAAGAUAAAAGAGAAAGAACGGCAACAGAAGAAAAGGCAAGAAGAAAUUAAAAAGAGGUUAGAAGAACCUGAAGAACCUAAAGUGCUAACACCAGAAGAACAAUUAGCAGAUAAACUUCGGCUAAAGAAAUUACAGGAAGAGUCAGACCUCGAAUUAGCAAAGGAAACUUUUGGUGUUAAUAAUACAGUUUAUGGAAUAGAUGCUAUGAACCCAUCUUCAAGAGAUGACUUUACAGAGUUUGGAAAGUUACUAAAAGAUAAAAUUACACAAUAUGAAAAGUCACUAUAUUAUGCCAGUUUUUUGGAAGUCUUAGUUCGAGAUGUGUGUAUUUCAUUGGAAAUUGAUGACUUGAAAAAAAUUACCAAUUCACUGACUGUGCUUUGCAGUGAAAAACAGAAGCAAGAAAAGCAAAGCAAAGCCAAAAAGAAGAAGAAAGGUGUGGUUCCUGGAGGGGGAUUAAAAGCCACCAUGAAAGAUGAUCUGGCAGAUUAUGGUGGUUAUGAUGGAGGAUAUGUACAAGACUAUGAAGACUUCAUGUGACAUUUUAUCUUUUCUUGGUGUCAUCUUUAUGUUGCCCACAAUCCCUUGAACAUGUAGCACAACUUCCUUUCCUUUCAGUUCUGCCAAAUGCUACAAUCAGAAGUGCAGUAUCUUUUGUGCUGGUUAUUUAACCCCUUGACACUUAGGUGCUAAUGUGCAAAUGAGGGAACUUGGAUCUUGCUGCCAAGGGGUUAAAAUUGGGAACCUAAGUUGCUACUAAAUCAUAGUUCAAAACCUAAUAAUGUUGUCGUUGUUGCUAUCUGAUUUCAUAGCAGCAGUCACUAAAUUGGAAACAAAAGGUUGCAACAUGACAAAAAAAAAUUGUGUAGUAUUUACCAGCACCAUUCAGUAAUACAGCCUUAACCAUACCUCCUUGAACUACUUCAUAACUUGUCAAGAAAAGCAGUUUGCAGCAAGGGCAUGUGGUGUGCACCUAGUAUUAAAAUUGCUUUGUCUUAAAAUUGAACAUGAGGAUAUUAAAAAUACAUUGUGAAGAAGACUGCUUAUCUCAGAGUGAAGAUACUGCGGCUGAAAAGCACUAGUUUGAUAUAAAAUUAAAAUGACCAAAACCCUCCAACUUUGAAACUAAAGAAGGUAAACCUUUCCAUUAUUGCAUUACAUGUUGUAGAAUCUCUUGAGUGCAAAGACUGUCUAGUUAUUUAUCAGGCUAUUAUUUCUACUGAUGAAGUGCUUCAGGUGGGGGAGGGAAACUUAUUUUUAUUUGCCUGAUUUAAGUGUCUGAGAAACAAAUCUUUGUUCUCUUAGGCUGCAAUGGAACAACUUUACCAGGGUUUUGGCAUUUCCUUUUAUAAAACAUGCUCAGCAAACUGCACUAGUUAACUACAGUUUGGUAAAUUGUUAUGUUAACAAUUAUGACAUCUGCAAUGUUUUAUAAAGCAACUAAUUUAAUAAAAUCACUAUUGUGAGGACUUAAAUUUUGUGUUACCUCCCAAGAGAUACUUUUUGAGAGUAUAGAACACAGCUCUUGGGAGUACAGUUCUCUACGUUCUCUAUAUACUAAAUCUUAAUAAAUGCUUGACAUAGUUACAGCUUUAAAACAUGAGUGAUUUGCCAGGUCCUUAUAUUGUCACCAUAGAGCAACAAAGGUAUAGGGCUGCCUUCCUCUUAUUUAUUUGGGGAAAUUAUUUUGUUAUUUAGAUACCAAGGCCUAAUUAAGUACCUAUAAGAACUAUUUAUUUGGAGUAACUGAGCCUGUAACUCAGGUUUAUGGCUGUUAAGUAUAGAUUAAGUAUAGAUUGGGGAAUCUUUAUUAUGUCAUGUCUUCUCCUAAGCAGUUUAACCAAAUGUGUGGUUAGUGUUUUUUUAUUCCCCUAAGACAGAAAGAACAAAAAAUGUUUUAAAUUUCUCUUAUAUAGGAAAUAGGAACGUCAAAGCUCUGUAGACUACUUACUAAGUGGAAAACAAGACCAUCUAAGUGAUUUGAGGAAUUAACAAAAAGUAGUGACUACACAGCAAUAAUUACAGUAAAUAAAGAUUCUUUUAAGGCAGACAAGGGCUAAGAUUUCCUUAGCAGUAAUAAUGACAUACACUGAAUUGAAAAUCUAUUUUAUUACAGAAAGAUCAGUUUCUAACAAAUGAAAAUGUAUCACCUGUUCCUUAACUGUGUAAAUAAUAAUUAAAUUUCUUUGAAACUGGAA